UCCAUUGCAACAAGCUCCUCUCAGCAAGUCGCCUCGUCUCCUUUCUCGACAUCAUAAGAAUCUUCUCCUUCACCGCAUACGACAAACACCAUCAUGUUACAUGCAAGACAGGACGACGGUGGCCUUUCCGAAUUCGAAUUCUACAAGUACCAGCCCUCCUUGGUAGCAGCCAUUAUCUGCGUGGUUGCCUUCUUCAUAAUCACCACGAUCCACAUCUACCAGAUGUUCCGCACUCGCACAUGGUUCAUGAUCGCUUUCUGCAUCGGUGGAAUAUUCGAGACCGUUGGCUAUGUUGGCCGCGCAGCUUCUGCUGCUCAGGACGCUGAUGCGUAUACCCUUGGGCCAUACAUCAUCCAGAGCAUUCUCCUCCUGGUCGCUCCAGCUUUGUUCGCCGCAUCCAUUUAUAUGGAACUCGCACGGAUCGUUCUCCUGGUCGAUGGCGAUCACGCCCUGCUCAUCCGCCGUCGCUGGCUGACUCGCAUCUUCGUGUCCGGAGACGUCCUCUCUUUCCUCGUCCAGGCAAGCGGAGGCGGCUUACUCGCAGCAAGCAGCGACAGCGUCAGGACCGGCGAAAACCUCAUCCUCGUCGGUCUCGCCCUGCAGAUAAUCAUCUUCGGCUUUUUCGUCAUCGCAGGCGCCAUCUUCCACUUCCGCAUCCGCAAAGCACCGACACUCAAGAGCCAGAGCUUGCCGUAUCAGAAACACAUGUGGAGCCUGUACGGCGUCAGCAUCCUCAUCUUCAUCCGAUCGAUUGUGCGCCUCAUCGAGUAUGCUCAGGGAUACAGCGGCUACAUCCUGUCGAGGGAGUGGUAUCUUUACGUCUUCGAUGCGCUGUUGAUGUUCGCCGCCAUGGCCAUUAUGAGCUACAUCCAUCCCAGCGAGGUCAAGGCUUUGAUCCGCGGUGGUGGAAAGGCGGCGAGGAAUUUCAUCUUCUUUCGCGAAGUCAAGGAGGGGGGUCAGGUUCAGAUGAUGCAGACGGUUUAG